AUGUACAGUGGUGGCAUUGUCCGUGGUUCCCAUUAACUCUGGAAGGAGCGAGCAGCCCCUGAUUCCCCAUUGUCCGUGGCCUCCCGAGCCGCCGAUCCCCAUGGCCUCCAGUGAGCUGCCGCCGUCGCAGAAGAAAUCCAGUCCCACCACCAUAUGCGCCCUCGGCGACGACCUCCUGCGCGAGGUAUUGCUCCGCCUGCCCUCCCUCCCGACCCUCGUCCGCGCCGCGCUGACCUGCCCCACUUUCCUCCACGCCGUCCGUUCGUCCCCCGCGUUCCGCCGCCGCUUCCGCGACCUCCACCCGGCCCCGCUCCUGGGCGUCUUCCUCGACAUCUACGGGCCCGCCAUGCCCGCCUUCGUGCCCGUCCGCCGCCGGUCUGACCCGGACCACGCCGCGGCCGUCCGCCGCGCCGACGUCUUCCUCACCCGGGUCCCCGAAGACGAACAAGAAGGCGAAGGUGAAGGCGAAGGGGAAGAAGAAGAAGGCGAAGACGAACUGGAAGACAGAUACGUGGACGGCCCCGGAUGGUCGAUGACCGAGUGCCGCGAUGGGUACGUGCUUCUCUACCACCUGCUCACCAAGCGGGCGGCCGUCUACGACCCCCUCACGCGGCGCCUGCAUCUUCUCUCACCGCCGCACGCAGAGAUCUGCGCCGAAGACCCCGAAGUGGCCGAGGUUGAGUUCCACGUCCUCACCUCCCAAGAGGACCGCCGGUCGCUCCGCCUGCUCUGCAUCUGCAAGGAAAGGAGAGCAGCGAAGGUCGCUGUCUUCUCCGCGGACAGCAGGGCGUGGCAGAUCUCCCCAGAAGCGGGGAGCCUGCGGCUGACGGCAAGAGACAAUGGUACGCUUGUCAACGGGUGUGUCUACUGGGCAUCUGCAGACAAUAUCCAUGUGCUGAACACCGCGACACUGCACUUCUCCCGGAUGGAUCCGCCGCCGCAUAUGCAACCCAACUACAAGGGUGUCAAGGUCGGCGAGACCAGUGAUGGAAAGCUGUGUGUCGCCUGGGCAACUGAUCUCCUGCUCAAAGUUUGGGUCCGGAGAGCCACCGCAGGGGGUGUCGACAAUUGGAUGCCGGACACAGACAAAUCGAUGCUGGAUGAGAUCCGUGAAUUGGAGGUACCAUGUUUAGAUGAAGACCCUGUACUGGAGGUUAAGGCAAUCAUGGGUGGCAUCGUGUAUUUGUCUACCUACGAGGCAUCGAAUCCUACUAGUUCUUGCUGGUUGCUAUCCUUCUGCACUGAAACAGAGAAGCUGAACAAGGUCUGCCCUAUCACCAACUCUGAUUUUUCCUAUCCCUAUUUGAUGGCGUGGCCUCCUCUUCUUUAUGCAACAAGGUGAACUCUCUUGGCUAGAAGCCUAGAAGUGGCUUGGCUAGUCAGAGGAAUAAAAAAACUAGAACUCAGGUAAUUUUAUCGGUACUACGGAUAUUACCUUUUGUUAUCUGACUGACGAUGAUAUCUUGCUAUGGUUCUAUGCUUGUUGUCUUGGUUAGAUCUACCCACUUUUGUGUAAGUCCAGAAUUCAAGAUGUCCAGGUCCAGGUAUUGCAAGUUAUUAUUUCCGCUGGCUUGUUA